GGGGAAGUUUCUGUGCUUGGAGUAGAGGAGUGUUAGCUCCUUCCCUUUCUCUACUUUGCUCCUACUCUCUUUAAGUCAACAUGAGUCGCCACUUUAGUUCCAGGUCUGGGUACCGGAGUGGAGGAGGCUUCAGCUGUGGCUCUGCUGGGGUAGUCAGCUUACAACGUAGGAGCACUAGCUGCUCUGUGCGCCGUAGUGGAGGAGGUGGUGGGAGAUUUUCAGUUGGAGGAUGUGGUGGAGGAGGCGCUGGUGGUGGCUUUGGAAGUCGAAGUCUUGUUAACCUUGGUGGCAGUAAAAGUAUCUCCAUUAGUGUGGCUAGAGGAGGUGGACGUAGUGGUUUUGGUGGCUAUGGCAGUGGUGGCUUUGUGGGUGGUGGAUUUGGGGGUGGUUUCGGCAGUGGUGGUUUUGGCAGUGGAGGUGGUUUUGGUGGAGGUAGUUUUGGGGGUGGUUUUGGGCCCGUCUGCCCUCCUGGUGGCAUACAGCCAGUCACCAUCAAUCAGAGCCUUCUGCAACCCCUCCAUGUGGAGAUUGACCCUGAGAUCCAAAAAGUAAAGUCUCAAGAAAGGGAGCAAAUCAAGUCACUCAACAACCAAUUUGCCUCCUUCAUUGACAAGGUGCGAUUCCUGGAGCAGCAGAACCAGGUGCUGCAAACAAAAUGGGAGCUGCUGCAGCAGAUAAAUACCUCCACCAGGACCCACGACCUAACCCCCUACUUUGAGUCAUACAUCAACAGUCUUAGAAAGAGAAUGGACCAACUGAAGAGCGAUCAAUCUCGAAUGGAUUCGGAAUUGAAGACCAUGCAAGAUCUGGUGGAAGAGUACCGGAACAAAUAUGAGGAAGAGAUCAACAAACGGACAAAUGCAGAGAAUGAGUUUGUGACCAUCAAGAAGGAUGUAGAUGCUGCUUAUAUGGCCAAGGUGGAACUUCAGGCCAAAGUUGACAACUUGCGCCAGGAAAUUGAUUUCUUCACAGCACUCUACCAAAUGGAGCUGUCUCAGAUGCAGACUCAUAUCAGUGACACCAAUGUCAUCCUCUCCAUGGACAAUAACCGCAGCCUGGACUUGGGCAGCAUCAUUGCUGAGGUCAAGAACCAGUAUGAGGAGAUUGCUCAGAGGAGCAAGGCUGAGGCUGAGGCCCUGUACCAGACGAAGUAUGAAGAGCUCCAGGUCACUGCUGGCCAACAUGGGGACAAUUUGAAAACUUCUAAGAUGGAGAUUUCUGAGCUGAAUCGGCUAAUCCAGAGACUUAGAGCUGAAAUCAACAGUGUAAAGAAGCAGAUCUCUGGGCUGCAGCAGUCCAUCAGCGAUGCUGAGCAGCGUGGCGAGAAUGCCCUCAAGGACGCCCAGGGCAAGCUGAAUGAGCUGGAGGAUGCCCUGCACCAGGCCAAGGAGGACAUGGCCCGGCUGCUGCGUGACUACCAGGAGCUGAUGAACACCAAGCUGGCCCUGGACGUGGAGAUCGCCACCUACAGGGCCCUCUUGGAGGGAGAGGAGAGCAGGAUGUCUGGAGAGUGUGCCCCGAACGUGAGCGUGUCUGUGAGCACCAGCCACACCAGCAUCAGUGGAGGUGGUGGCCGAGGAGGCGGCGGUAGCUACGGUUCCGGAGGCGGCUACGGCUCUGGAGGAGGAGGGGGCUAUGGUUCUGGAGGUGGCAGCAGCGGAGGCAGCUACGGCGGCAGCUACGGCGGAGGCGGCAGUAGUGGGGGACACAGAGGCGGUUCUGGAGGAGGCGGCGGCAGCUCUGGUGGCCGGGGUUCCAGCGGUGGUGGCGGAGGCGGGAGCUCCGGAGGCCGGGGAUCCAGCUUUGGGGGCACGAAGACCUCCGGUGGCAGUUCCAGCGUGAAGUUUAGUUCUACCAGCUAUUCCCUAGGGACCCGAUAAAGCGGUGGUCUCUAUCCUGUUAGCUCUCCCUCUCCAUCACUACCAAAUUUGCUUGCAAGACCAAGGCCAGCCUCACUGAAGAAAAACACCACCGGUUACCUUGGUUCAGCCUAUCUCCCCAGCUCUUUCCUUUCUGCUCUGCUUCCCAAACAAGUUUUAGAACCAGUGACAAGCUCAGUUCCUGCUAUGACCCUUUGUGCUUUAUCUCAGAAACAGUUCAGCCGUCACCACUGCACACAUUACAUUUCAAUGCACCUCCUAAGUCAGCCAGAGGUGGGCAGGCUGGUUAGACCCAGGGCUUCUCCGUCAUGCAAUGAAUGCACAUGCUCUGGACAGCUCAUUUCUAUCCUCUCUCUUGCAGCAAGCUCUGUGCUGCUUUGGUUUUUUAUGUACGGUGUCAGCCAGUUGAUUGACUUCUGUGGAGAGGUCUUAAACGCCCGUUUCCUUGUGUUGCUGCAAUAAACUGAAUUGAAAUUC